CUGCGCCGCGCCCGGCAUGGCGGCGCCCGCAGCCCCGCGACCGGGGGCCGCAGCCGGCGGCCGAGCCCCCAGCGCCGGCGGCUGCCGGGUCAUGUAGAAGAGCAGAUUUAAUGUGAAGAUGGGACUGUUGGUGUUUAUGCGUAACCUGCUGCUAGCCCUCUGCCUCUUUCUGGUACUGGGAUUUCUGUACUAUUCCGCUUGGAAGUUGCACCUCCUCAGAUGGGAAGAUUCAAAUUCAGUGGUUCUUUCCUUUGACUCCGUUGGACAUACAAUAGGCUCAGGAAGGAGAGAGAGAAAAACUGUGGCUAUUCUGCUUCCGCUGUCCAUCCCAUCUCACCUUGCUGCAGACCCAGGAAAAGACAGAGUCCAGAAAGAACUCAGAGAAACAAUGGCAGCUCCAGGCCCAGCCAUUCCCAAGUAUGACAAACUGGGCUUUCUCCUGAACCUGGACUCAAAAUUGCCUCCAGAAUUGGCAUCAAAGUAUGCAAAUUUCUCAGAGGGAAUGUGCAAGCCUGGUUAUGCAUCAGCGCUCAUGACUGUCAUCUUCCCAAAGUUCUCGAAGCCGGCACCAAUGUUCUUGGAUGAUUCCUUCAGGAAAUGGGCUCGUAUCAGGGACUUUGUACCCCCCUUUGGAAUUAAAGGACAAGAUAAUCUGAUCAAAGCCAUCCUGUCAGCAACCAAAGAUUACCGUCUAACUCCAGCUCUUGACAGUCUCAGCUGCCGGCGAUGUAUUAUUGUGGGAAAUGGUGGAGUACUUGCAAAUAAGUCAUUGGGGUUAAAAAUCGAUGACUAUGAUGUUGUUGUCAGGCUGAACUCUGCACCAGUGAAGGGCUUUGAAAAAGAUGUGGGUGGCAAGACAACUCUCCGGAUCACAUAUCCUGAAGGUGCAAUCCAGAAAAUGGAGCAGUAUGAGAAGGAUUCCCUGUUUGUUCUGGCAGGAUUCAAAUGGCAGGAUUUCAAGUGGCUGAAAUACAUUGUUUACAAGGAGAAAGUGAGUGCCUCUGAUGGCUUUUGGAAGUCAGUGGCGACCCGUGUCCCAAGAGAACCUCAUGACAUACGUAUCCUGAAUCCCUACUUCAUCCAGGAGGCAGCUUUCAGCUUCAUUGGUUUGCCUUUCAACAACGGCCUGAUGGGCAGAGGGAACAUCCCUACCUUGGGAAGCGUAGCAAUAACCAUGGCGCUCCACAACUGUGAUGAGGUGGCGGUAGCUGGGUUUGGCUAUGACAUGAGUUCACCCAAUGCACCGCUGCACUACUAUGAGAACAUCAAGAUGUCUGCCAUCAAAGAGUCCUGGACACACAACAUCCAGCGGGAGAAGGAGUUCCUGAGGAAGCUGGUGAAAGCCCGAGUCAUCACUGACCUAACCAGUGGGAUCUGAGUGGCUUCAGCCACUGCCUCCAAGGGAGGAGACGAAGAUGCACGCUGCAGCUCUAGAUGCAGGCACUGGCAGCCCCCCGUAAGAAUCCCACCUCACUGAAGACACCCAGAGUUGCCCAGGUGCUCUGGGAAGACCCUCUCACAUUGCCAGUCUGCGUGAGGGUUACAUCUGCUGCCUCCAGGCCUAGAGCUGGCAGGAGGUGGGCAAGGGGCUGAGUGGGCAGUUCAUGAACUCUGCAUCACAGACAGAUCUUCUGUGUCCUGAACUAAACAGGAGAGACUCAGGAGAGAGAAGACAGGUUUGUGAAUAAAACGAUUUGUGCCAAAUGGGAGGCGAUGCUGCCCCGAGGCAGCGAUGCCUGAAUGUACAAAGUAUUAUUUUUUAAAAGAAACUGCUGGAAUCAUAUGAGAAAUACCAAGGUGCAAGGCAAAGACUGCUUGUGCACAGCCCUGUGAAACACCCGGCCUCUUCAUGCUCCAUCUGCGUUGUCACUGGCCUCAGACCUUUCCCCAGGAAAACAAAUCCAUCUAAACCUU